ACCUUGCCAAUCGUCAGAAGAUAUGAAAUUUGUUUUGUGACAACUUAAUACUCUGCUGACCUCUGGCCUUUGAUUAAUGAUGACCGACAUGAAUACAACAGUGGACUUCUCUUGUCAGAGAACUUCAUUAUGGAAUGAUGAUAUAUUUUCUGGGUCAGCUCCAAGAUUUCCGGACUGUUUCCAGAAUACUGUUUUGGUCUGGAUUCCAUGUGGGUUCCUGCUUCUGUGCUCACCAUUCCAAAUUGCUAGCUUAUGUCACAAUUAUGUGGGUAAUUCUCUACCUCUUGGGAUCAGAAGUGUUAUAAAAAGUCUCCUAUGUAUAGUUUUGGCUACCUUGACAUGUGCAAACGUGGUUUUAUCUUCAACACGUGGAUACCACUGCGAUUCUCACGCCUCAGUACCAGAAGAAUACUACAUAGGCGCCGGUGCUCUAAUAUUUGUGUUCAUAUAUUUAUCUGUAAUCACGCAGGCACUACGUAAAAAUCACGUGAUCUCUUCCGGGAUUUUGAUCACGUUCUGGAUUCUACUUCUAGGCUGUAGCUCUGUUCCAUUGCAGUCAGCAAUAUCAUAUACGCCGAGUUGUGUCACCAGUGUUAUUUUCUAUAUCUACUUUACAUUCAUCUGCAUACAACUUGUACUGUAUUCAUUUGCUGACAAGCCUGAUCAUCCGAGUGAUACAUUCCUUGGGCAGAAAGAAAAUUCCCCAGAGGAGACAGCAUCUGUCCUUAACAGAUGGUUUUAUUGGUGGUUUAAUGGACUUGUGAUGAAAGCAUAUAGACAAACUCUGGAAGUUGAUGACCUCUGGAACCAGGUUGACUACCUGAGAUCAGAGACGUGUGUCCCAGAACUAGAACAAAACUGGAAGGAGGAAGUUCACAAACAGGACACAAGAAUGCAACAGAAAAGAUCAUCCCAUGAUGGUUCUUUCACAUAUGAGUUAACAUCUCUGAUAUUCAAUCAAAAAUCAGAUAUAGAUGACGACAAGAAAAGCUCCAAGAAUUUCCCCAAAUCAAGACCUUCUUUGCUUAAAGUUGUUGUAAAAACCCAUUGGAAGCAGUGGCUACUUUCGUCCUUCUAUAAGAUUUUAUGUGACUUCUUGGCCUUGCUUCAACCGUUGAUACUUAAACUGAUGAUAGAAUUCAUUGGGAACAAACACACAAACCAGGCCUGGCCCCUGUGGAAUGGCUGGGGACUAGCUAUUUUGUUCUUCAUCUGUGGGGCAUUUGAAGCGUUGUUCUUCAGUCGGGGUGCAUUCCAUAUGAUGACCCUAGGGAUGAAAGUGAGAGUAGCACUAAUAGGAAUGAUAUACCAAAAGUCAUUGACAAUGAGUAACGCGGCUAAAAGUCACUACACGAUUGGUGACAUUGUCAAUUUGAUGUCAGUGGACUGUCAGCGAAUACAAGACGCCUUCAUGUUCCAGUACCAGAUUCUCUCCUUCUUCUUUAUGAUGGUACUGGGUUUAUACCUUAUUUGGAGUCAAAUGGGCGUGGCUACUCUGGGAAGCGUUGCAGUGAUCAUUAUCAUAUCGGCGCUUAAUAUACUUUUUGGAAAACUUCAACAGAAGUACCAAGGAAUCAUUCUAGCGCUUAAGUCUAGUCGGAUAAAACUACUAAAUGAGGUCUUAAGUGGAAUAAAGGUUUUGAAGAUGUACACGUGGGAGCCAUCUUUUACAAAGAAACUAUUGGAUAUACGUUUGCGUGAGAUGGUUUUCUUUAAAAAGGUCUGUGUAGUCACAGCUUUCUCAACGCUUUUCUCUGUGCAUAGUCCAUUUAUGAUGAGCUAUCUUGUAUUACUGAUUUUUACCUCGAUGUCAGGAAAUUACUUGGAUGCCAGUAAAGUGUUUGUUACGCUCGCCAUCAUCAACCCUAUGCGCUUCAUCAUAACAAUUGUUCCAUUCGUCAUCACUGGCGUCAUACAGAUGCUGGUGUCUUUGAAAAGAAUAGAAGAAUUCCUCUGCAAGGAGGACCUCAACCCAAACAACGUGUCCACCUCCUUAAACACAGGAUAUGCUAUUACUAUAGAAAAAGGAUAUUUUACAUGGGACAGAAGAAAUCCAAGAACUACCUUACAGAGAAUUAACCUUGAGGUAGGAGAGGGCAAACUUGUUGCCGUGGUAGGGCAGGUUGGGGCAGGGAAAUCGUCACUUAUAGCCGCCAUGUUGGGAGAGAUGGAGAAGGUUAACGGUCACGUAAAUGUACAGGGGUCGGUCGCCUACGUACCACAACAAGCAUGGAUCCAAAACCGAACUGUGAAAGAAAACAUUUUGUUUGGAAGUAAAUUUUCAGAGAAGAAAUACAAACGUAUCAUUCAAGCAUGCGCACUGUUACCGGAUCUGGCUAUUCUCAAUGCUGGCGAUAACACUGAGAUCGGAGAAAGGGGUAUCAACGUCAGUGGCGGCCAAAAGCAAAGAAUAAGUUUAGCUCGAGCAGUCUACAGUAACUCUGAUGUGUAUCUUUUGGACGACCCUUUAUCUGCUGUGGACAGCCAUGUUGGAAAAUCUCUUUUCAAUGAGGUCAUUGGUCCAGAGGGAUUGUUACGUAAUAAGACUCGUAUUUUGGUCACACACGGGGUACACUGGCUACCGAAGGUAGACCUAAUUGUAGUGAUGGAUGAAGGGACCAUCUCAGAAGUAGGAACGUAUGAAGAGUUGCUGCAGAAGAGAGGGGCUUUCUCAGAGUUUCUUGAAACUUACCUUCUCCAUGGGGAAGAAGAUACAGACUCAGAUAUUGCUAAGAUUAAGGAUGAGAUGCGGGGACAGCUGGAGUGUGUGUCCGACUUUGGUUUGUCCGAGGACGAUUCUGACCGCUCUAGACGUCCAAGUACUAGGAAAGCAUCUCUGCAAAGAAAUUCUCGAUUUUCAAUUCCGACAGAAAUCAAACGUGGACUCUCACAAUUAAAUGCCAUAGUAGAAAAAAGUCUUAAUUUAAUGACGUCAGUGAACAAUGCCGAGUCACAGCGACGCUUUUCGAGUUGGAACUCGAAGAGGCGCUUUUCCAGAGAGGACGAAAUGAACCCGCUUGAAAUACUCCAGAGGUCGUUAUCACAGGGGCGGAUCCUACCAUACGAUAGUGGCGGAGAGUCCGAACCAGAAGAUGGAAAACUGAUCCAAGACGAAAAAUCGGCGGAGGGGACG